AUGACUGGUGUAGAAUGUGAGAAUAAAUCUACAGUAACUGAAGAGAAGGUGGUUUCACGGGUUUUAGAGAAUAAUACUACAGAACAACCUAGUAAUAUUGGUGAAGGAAGUGGUGAUGAGAAAUAUUAUCCAGAGGAAGAGAUUACUGAGGGUAAUUGGAAUACUCCGCAGGUUGAAUUGAAGCAGGUUGAAGUGAUGACAGGAGAAGAAGAUGAGGAGGAAUUUUGGAAACAUCGAGCAAAACUAUAUCGCUUUGUUAAUGGAGAAUGGAAAGAGAGAGGAGUUGGUAAUGCAAAACUUUUGCAACAUAAGGAAACUAAGAAAAUUAGAUUUUUAUUAAGACAAGAGAAAACUUUUAAGAUUGUUGCAAAUCAUUAUGUUAUUCAGAAAGGUAGCUUUUGUAAAUUAACUCCUAACAGUGGAAGUAACAAAAUUUGGGUUUGGACUGUACAAGACUUUUCAGAAGAUCAGAAACUUGAACAAUUUGCCUUGAAAUUUGGUCAGGUCGAACAAGCAGAUAUUUUUAAGGAAAAAUUUGAAGAAGCUGCUAUUAUAAAUAUGAAACUUUUUGAUGAGUACACUAAAGAUGAUAAUGAGCAAGAGAUUGAUAAAUUAGGUAAAUUUAAGAUAGAUUCAUCUAAAAGUCAAGAGAAAUAA